AUGGAGAAUGCAAAGAAACCUAGUGCCCAGAAAACAUCAUCUCAUCCACCCUACUUUCAGAUGAUCAAAGAGGCUUUAACUGCUUUGGACGAGAAGGGUGGUUCGAGUCCUUACGCGAUCGCCAAGUACAUGGAAGAAAAACAUAAAUCGGUACUUCCAGAGAAUUUCCGUAAAACUUUAGGGCAACAGUUAAAGAACAAUGAGGCGAAGGGAAAGCUUAUGAAAGUUAAGGCUUCGUAUAAACUUUCAUCGAAAGAUGUGGGGAAGAAGGGUAAGGAUAAGAAAGAAACGAGUACGAAAUCUGCAAGGGCGAACGCUGAGAAGAAACCGGGACAGGUUGGUGGUGAUCGGAAGGUUAAAGAGAAGAAGAGGAAGGAGGAGACGGAGAAGAAGACGAAGGGAAGCGCUGGAAGUGGAAGGAAGACAGUGAAGGCGAAGAAAUCUGCGGCGGGUGUGAAGGCGAAACAGCCAAAGUCUAUCAAAUCUCAACCUGUUGGUGAUAAGAAGAGAGGAAAGAUGGUUUAG